CUUUUUUAUUUCUUCUAUUACCCGUUUACUUUCCCGAGUCUUGAAUAGGCAGAACUGUAAGCCCCUUCACAUCCCACGAAUAAAAAAGUAAUCGAGGGAAUUUGGCUUUGUUCUGUUAAAUAUUUUAUUGAAGAUAAAGCAACGAAAAUGGGAGAUGAAAAGGAUGCGUUUUAUGUUGUACGGAGAGCGAACACCUUUGGGGUGUACAAGAGCUUAAGCGAUCUUCAAGCUGUGCUUCAAUCUUCUGUAAAUGAUCCUUUGCUAAGUGUGUUCAAAGGAUACAGUUUAUCUAGAGAAGCAGAGGAUUAUCUUUCCUCUCAUGGACUAAAGAACGCGAUUUACUCCAUUGAUGCCAGCGAUGUGCAAGAUGAUCUCUUUGGCCAACUUGUCACUUGCCCAUUUCGGCACCCAAAUUCUUCUAAAGAUAAAGCUGUUAGCAAGAAUUAUCCAGAGAAGAGGCCACAGGAGAUUGUUGGAUCAGCUUCAUUUGCUGAUAGUUCUCAGCAAAAGCAUGUAAAAUUAGAUAAUUUCCUUCCGGUUCCGCCAGUUUCAUCUUAUUGUAGUUCCUGUAUUCUUGAGUUUGAUGGCGCCUCGAAGGGUAAUCCUGGUCUAGCAGGUGCUGGAGCUGUGCUGCGGGCUGCAGACGGAAGCAUGGUGUUUCGAUUGCGUGAAGGCAUGGGUGUUGCCACUAAUAAUGCUGCUGAAUAUCGAGGUCUCAUUUUGGGAUUGAAGUAUGCAAUUUCAAAGGGUUUCAAACAUAUACGUGCUCAAGGAGACUCGAAACUUGUCUGCAUGCAGGUUCUCGUUUAUUUUUUUUAUUACCUUUGAUUUAUCAUAUCUUCA